AUGGUUACAAUCGUUGGUACACGGGAACAGUUUGUUCAACCACAGACAUUCCUGCGUGCUACAAUGCAGCUCAAGUCCCCAACAAGGCCAAAACUUUCCUUCUGCUUUACGCCACAAGGGGAUUGCGAUCAAUACUGUGCUUUAAUCCCUGGCUUGCCAGAAGACCUGGCAAAGAUAUGUCUUGCCCUUGUUCCUCGAACUCAUUUCCCUGUCAUGGGUGGAGUUUCCAAGAGGUGGAUGUCAUUCCUAGAGAGCAAAGAAUUAAUUGCUGUAAGGAAAGAGGUUCAGAAGCUUGACGAGUGUGUGUAUGUCUUGACCGCUGAUGCUCAAGCAAAGGGUUCUCAUUGGGAGGUUUUGGGAUGCCAGGGGCAAAAGAACACCCCUCUUCCGCUUAUGCCUGGACCAACCAAAGCUGGGUUUGGUGUGGUUGUCCUUGACGGGAAGCUCAUCGUCAUUGCUGGCUAUGCUGCUGACCAUGGCAAGGAAUGUGUUUCUGAUGAGGUUUACCAGUAUGAUUGUUUCCUCAGCAGGUGGACCGCCCUUUCUAAGAUGAAUGUCGCUCGUUGCGACUUCGCGUGUGCAGAGGUCAACGGUGUGAUAUAUGUUGCUGGUGGAUUUGGUCCCAGUGGUGAUAGUUUAUCAAGUGUCGAAGUUUAUGACCCAGAACAAAAUAAAUGGACGUUGAUCGGGGGCCUUCGCAGGCCGAGAUGGGGUUGCUUUGGGUGUAGCUUUGAAGGCAAGAUGUACGUCAUGGGUGGCCGUUCGAGCUUCACAAUUGGUAACUCCCGUUACAUUGACGUGUAUGAUACAAAUAGCCAUGCCUGGGGUGAGUUUAGGAAUGGCUGUGUAAUGGUCACGGCUCAUGCUGUUCUUGGUGAGAAGCUCUUCUGCAUCGAGUGGAAGAACCAGAGGUCUCUGGCGAUUUUCGACCCAGCAGACAAUUCCUGGAAGAAGGUUCCAGUGCCGCUUACUGGUAGUUCCAGCACGCGGUUCUCUCUCGGGACACAUGAUGGGAAGCUGCUGCUCCUCUCACUGGAGGAAGAACCUGGGUAUCAGACGCUGAUGUAUGAUCCUGCCGCGCCAACAGGCUCUGAAUGGUGCACGUCAAAGCUCAGGCCGUCGGGACGAUGCUUAUGCAGCGUGACCAUCAAAGCCUGA